AUGAGUUUUGCAUUGAAGUUUUAUUUUGGUAGGGAAUGUGUAGCGCAUUACGUUGAAGACAGUGUCGUAGGUGAAAAUAUUGUGAAUGUUGGAGACAAUAUUGUAGGUGAAAAUAUUGUGAAUGUUGGAGACAAUGUUGUAGGUGAAGCUAUUGUGAAUGUUGAAGAUAAUGUUGGCGAUGAAGAUGUUGUGAAUGUUGAAGAUAAUGUUGUAGGUGAACGUGGAGAGGAUGUUGAAUACAAUGUUGUAGGUGAAGGUGAUAUAGAUGUCAAAGAUUAUGUUCAAGAAGAUGACCAUAAGGAUAGUGAUGGUAGUAAUGAUAGUGACUUUGAAGCUCAUGGGUUUAUCAUUUGA